AUGCGUUACGCCCUCAUUGCCGCGUCUGCUCUUUGCGGACUUACCUCUGCCCUUCCUCAGGUGAUCAACAUCGAGGCUGCUUUGGCUGUGCCUGUCCCAGUUGAGCACCUUGGUCCCAAGGUCGAGGAUGCUCCCACUCCAGUUGCCUACAACCAGGCCGCUGCCGCCGAGUCCGCUGCUGCGGUUGUUGCUGCCGAUGGUGUCGAGAAGGUUGCCAAGCGAGAAGUUGACGAUGGUCUUGUCCUUGCACCCGUCGACGCAUGUGCUUCUCUUGCUAAGCAGCCAGGAGGUGCUGCCACUAAACCAGGCGAUGGAUCCGUUGACGCAUACAAGUCGAAUGACAGCACCUUGAGGAAGAAGGCUCAAGAGGCUUCCACUCCUACCGGCUACACGAAGGAGUUCAGCGAUGAAUUUGGCUCGACUGAGCAGAUCGGCUACUUGACCUACAAGAUCAUCGAAUCUGGCGACUACGACGUCAAGCAGUGCGCCGACUUCUGCGACAGCGAGAAGUUCUGCCUGGGUUUCAACAUCUUCUACGAGCGCGACCCCAGUGUCGACCCCACUUCCAGCUGCACGAACCCCGAGCCCAUCACCAACGUCAAGUGCUCGAUCUACGGCUACCCCGUUGCCAAGGCAUCUGCCACCAACCAGGGCCAAUGGCGCGAGCAGUUCAACGUUGUCAUUGUCGGCAGCAACGGUUACUCCAAGCUCGACCCCACCUGCAAGGAUGCCCCCACUGUCGCCGGCUUCAACGCCCCUGAGAACCUCAAGGCUGCCAUCAACGCACCUCUCAUCCAGAAGAACGGACAGGAUUACGACACCUACAACGGUAUGCGUCUCUUCAACGACGGUCCCUACGACCCUAAGCUCUGCGCUGCCGCCUGCGACUCUCAGACCGCGUUCGACAAGGAGCACCUUGCUGACGUCAACGGCAACUACAAGCCAUGCAACUUCUUCACCAGCUACAUCCUGACCAAGAACGGUGUGCCCCUCGGUACCUACUGCGCUCUGUACACCCAGUACUGGGGUGCCGAGAAGGCCGUCAACACUGGCUACUACUAUGGCGACGAUGCCUACAAGGUCACCUGCGCUGCUUCUUACACCGCAACUACUCUCGACAGCGGCAACAAGAACGCUCCCACCGAGAUCUUCCUCAACUAA